AUUUCACCAAUGGAACGAUCGAUUUAACCAAUAAAGAGUGGGAUAUUGAUCCAAUUGGGUAUUUAUCACUGCAAGUAAAAUGUCGAUUGUCCAAACAUCCACUCCGGUGGCCGGAAAAAAACGCGAGAGAACUCAGAACUGGGUGCCUGAGGAGAAACGCGAGCUCUUUACUCUGAUAAAAGCCCACAUUAAUGCAAUUGAGAAUAAGAAAAUCGACACAUCAGCCACUGCACUCAAGAGUCUCGCCUGGCGUCAGAUCUACUGCGACUUCAAAGGAAUAUUCUCUACUGAGCGCGACAUCACCAGAAUGAGGGAGCAGUGGAGGAGAAUGAAGGCGCAAGCCAGAGUCGACAUCAACACCUUCGCCGAGAAGGUGAGGACAGUAGGCCUGCAGGAGGCGUCGAAGAGCCGACCGCCGGCUUUAUCCGUCGACGUCUGGCGUCUGCUCCAGGUUCUCAAGAAAAACGAGAGCGAGCCGACGUCAGACGACAGCCAGGACGCAGAUCCCACCUCGAAUCUGCAGGAGAUCUUGGAUAAUCUCUGUCCGAACCCCCUGGAAAAUUCUUUCGACUCGAUAAAACAGGAGUGCAUCUCCGAAUUCAAUGAUGACGAUCCGUCCGUGCAGAGUUCAUUCGCGAGCUCGCCGCCUCCGGAGAAAACCAGGGGGGUGAGAUUAUCCGAGGAGGAGCCGAUGAAUCUCGCGCACCAGAAGAAGAUGCGGCUCAGUCAGGAAUGCUCCGGGGAUGAGGACGAGGAGGAGCCGACGCUGAUGCCUGAUUACUCGAGUGAGUCAAUCAAGAGGGGAUCGUCACUUGACAUCAGUGCGGAGGAGCGGAAUAUGAAGUUGAAGAUCCUGGGGCUCGAGCUGGAGAGGGCUGAGUUGAAGAAGCAGACGGCUGUUUAUGAACUGAGGACUUCGGAGAUCAGGAAGCAACUCGUGGAGAGUCAGGCCAUUGACUACUUCAGGUGA